AUGAUGCUGGGUCACCCGUCGGCAGUAGCGACACCCCUAUCAGCGCACCUCUCGGCCCACUGGAAGUUGUCGCCGCAGCCGCCCCACUUGAAGCGCGCGUGCGGCUCGGUAGGGGCUGCGUGGCGCGGCGGCCUAGGGGGCGCGCGCGGCGGCGCGGCGCACGAGCACGCGGGCAGCGCGCCGGCCGCGCACGCGCGCGCCACCGACCACGAAAGCGCCGCAGCCGACAUGGCGUACACGUACGCCUGCUCACGGGUGCCUGCGGACGCGCUGCCAGCUGUACUGAUGUCCGAAUACUGGGCGAUUGGCCGGGAGAAGGAAGCCGUUGCGCCCCCUCGCUCUUAUGGGUCUUACGGGGAAGCGACGGUGGUGCGUCAUCUGCCAAGGGUCUUGCAGGGAGAGAUAUUGUCAAUG